AUGGCAAAAAUUGAUGGAUAUCAUAUUAUGGUUAUUUCGUGUUAUUUCAAAACGAUUAAAGACUUUAAAAACGUUCAAUUAGUUUGCAAAAAGUAUAAAGACACACUCUUAAAGUUCCAUUUCAAUCCAAUUCCACUUACAACCAAGACUCGAAGGUACUUUCAAAAUUUAGAGACCUUUCACAUAUACCCCGGAACUUCAGACUAUUUUGAAAACGAUAAUUUUUACAGAGUGAUAUCGUGGUGCCCUAUAGAACUUGGUACAGUACCACACAACUUUAAUACACGCAAAAAAUAUUUUGUAUCAAAAGAUUCGAAUGUUGCAUUUCCUCUUCCACGUCUCAACAUUAUUGAAAUUAAAAAACACUCCUUUGAGUCGUCUUAUAUAGUACAGUCCACUAAACUAAUUAAUUUUGACAAAAUUCCAGAUACUGUGACCUCAAUAGGAGAAUAUACAUUCUUUCGUUUCAAUUAUGAAGGGAAAAUGACACUUCCACCCAAUUUACAAUCACUUGGCAACAACGCGUUUUCUUUGUGUAAAAUGUCCGAAGUUGUUGUCAAUGAACUGCUGACUGACAUUGGUGAGUCGGUCUUUGAGAACUGCACACAACUAACAACAGUCGUUCUUCCACUUUCAAUAAAUAACGUUCCUCGUAGCUUUUUGUUGAAUUGUAUCAACUUAAAAACGAUCAAAUUUGUGAAUUCGGUGUACACAGAAGACAGGAUGUGUGCUUUUAGUGAUUUGGCGUUUCACACGUGCAAGUCGUUGAGUUGCAUUGAUACACCACUAAGUAUAACAAGCUUUGGAAAUUGUUGCUUUGGGCGAUGCACAUCACUCACGUGUAUCAACUUUCCAUCAAAAUUAAUGCACUUGGGAAAGUUUUGUUUUGAGCAGUGUUGCUCAAUAAAAGAAAUUGAAAUUCCAUUAAGUGUCACACACAUCGGAAAGUGCUGCUUUGUUUGUUGCCAGAAUCUCACAGCUGUUGUGUUAAAAUGUGAAUUAAACGAAAUAAGUGAACACCUCUUUGGUGACUGUAUAUCGCUUCAGAGUGUGGAAUAUCCACAAAGUGUCACAUCUAUACAAGACUACGCAUUUCUCAACUGUAAAAAGAUCACUUCCAUCAACUUAAAGAACAUCAAAGUUAUCGGAAAAUCGGCGUUCAGAAAGUGUUCCUCGUUGACUGAUAUAAAUUUGGAAAAUGUUAUUAAAUUGGGUGAAAAGUGUUUUUCUAAUUGUGAAAAGUUGGUCAAAGUAAGUGCAACAGGAAAAAUUAAAAUUCUCCCAAACAACUGCUUUGAGAAUUGUGGAUAUUUGGAGGAAUUCGAAUUUCCACAAGAACUUGAGAUAAUAGGGAAGUCGUGUUUUUCAAAGUGUGUCAAAUUAAAAGGAAAAAUAGAGUUUAACAAAAUCACAGAAAUUGGAGAAGAGUGUUUCUUGGAGUGUCAUGACAUUCAUAAUGUGAUUAUAAACGGAUGUUUAGAAGAAUUAAAAUAUGAGACUUUCAUGAAUUGCGUUUCUUUAGAACAGGUGAUUCUUUCAAAAACAGUGGAAAGAAUUAAAGAUGGGUGUUUCAUGAAUUGCUUGUCUCUCAAAGAAGUGAAAUGUGAAGGAAAUACUGUGAUAGAUGGAAUGAAUUGUUUUGUGGGGUGUGAAGUCCUUGACAAAAUAAAUAUCAGAUUCAGAGGCAUUGAGUAUGGGAGUUUUAAGGGCUGCAAACAACUUGAAAGAAAUGCUACAAUUGAUAAACUGUAUUUUUAA